AUGGCGUUUAAUGCGCUUUUUUUCAACGAGCUUUUCGAUAUCUUCUCAAAGCAAGACGGCUAUCAGCUCGCUCAAACAUUAUCACCAGAUAUCUCGACUGAAAAGCUCAGGAAUAUCUGCAAGAGCCAGAAUGCUCACAGUAUCAAGGGCGCACUUAAGCGCGGACUGAAUGCGCCGGCUGUUGGCCUUGAUCAUCAGGAACUUCAAGGCUGGGUAGAGGUGUACGCGGCAUAUUGGAGUGCAACAGGAGUGAUGUUGGCAGCGCGCGAGUCGAACAGUGACAGUAGUAGGUCAUCAGAUUUGCUAUGGACCAAGGUUUACGAGGCCUGGACAGAGCUAUUGAAUGUCCUCCUGCGGGGGUACCAGAGCUGGGGAUUCGAAGCAUGGACUAUCCCUUGCCUAUACGUGGUGUGCAAUCACCUGCGUAUUUUUGCGAUGCAAGCAGACAAAGAGCGGAAUAACAACAGCUCUUUCGACGAUGCUGCAGCAGCCCUCCAGGACGACUUUGACCCAGAAACCAACAAGCGCCAAAAGUUGGAGGAUUGCGCGAGAGUCCUGUCAAGAGUCUUCAUGGUCUGUCAGACAGAUCGGGCGCCACUUGAAGAAUCACGCAAGUGGGGAAGCUACUAUAUCGCGAAUCUACUUCUUAAGACGUACUUCAAGUUGAACUCGGCAUCCCUGUCCAAGAAUAUACUCAACAGCCUCCGAGCAGGUGGGCGAGAUAUGCCCGAGUUCUCGGCCUUUCCCAAAUCUCAGCGAGUCACCUUCAAAUACCACGAGGGUGUCCUAGCCUUUUUGGAGGAGAACUACGUCUUGGCAGAGCAGUGCUUGACUGAUGCACUGAAUCUUUGUCAUAAGGACGCAAUGAGGAAUAAGGAGUUGAUCUUGACGUACCUUAUUCCGUGCCAUCUCAUCAAGAGUCACACACUCCCUACAGAAGAGUUGCUGGAGCGGUUCCCGAGGCUCCAGAAGCUCUUCCUGCCUCUCUGCCAAUGUAUCAAAAGGGGAGAGCUGCACAAGUUCGAUCUAGCGCUGCAGGAAGGCGAAGACGAAUUUGUCAAACGCCGAAUUUACCUCACUUUGGAACGUGGUCGAGACAUUGCGCUUCGAAAUCUACUACGGAAGGUUUUCCUCGCUCGUGGGUUCGAAGCGGCUAAGGAAGGAGAGAAGCCGGCUCGCCGCACUCGCGUGCCGGUGAGCGAGUUUGCCGCUGCCAUCAGCCUCGGCAGUCAGGAAAAGAUCGACAAUGAUGAGGUCGAGUGUUUGUUGGCCAACAUGAUUUACAAAGGCCAUAUGAAGGGAUACAUCUCCCGACAGCAUGGCAUUGUCGUGUUGAGCAAGUCCGGGGCUUUCCCUGGUACCAAUGUGUGA